AGUGCAGCUAAGCUAUUGUCAGAGCAUGGCAGGAUGUACUUGUGCUGAGGCUAGAGACAGAGUUGGCGGAAGAACAUACACAGUCGAUCCAAAACUAUGGGAUACACAGACUUUGGUGGAGCAUAUGUGGGACCAACACAGAACAGGGUCUUACGGUUGGCAAAAGAACUUGGUCUGACUUUCUACUAUGUAAAUGAAAAGGAGUUGAGCAUUGAUUAUAGAAAGGGUAAGAGGAGAAUGUAUCAGGGCACAAUCCCACCAGUGUGGAACCCGUUGGUCCUGCUAGACCUCAACAAUGUCAUGAGAGAAGUGGAUGCAUUCGCUAAGUUGGUUCCAGUUGAUGCACCGUGGAGUGCAGAGAGGGCCGUGGAGUGGGAUUCCAUGACAGUGAAAGAGUACAUCAGUAAAGCUUGCUGGUUUAGCUGCACGGCUUCAGUUAUGCGCCUUGCAGUUUCUUCCUUGCUUACAUCUGAACCACACGAGCUGUCCUUUCUCAGCUUUCUGUGGUACAUUCACUCCGGGCAAGGCAUUCUGAGAAUGGCAAACAUAACUAAUGGGGCACAGGAUCAUUAAAACGAUGACUUUCUACAAAACUGCAUUUUGGAGAGAUUAUGGAUGCUGUGGGAGUGUCAUCAGUCAUAAUGGCCCUGUCGUCUAUUGCAUUGAUGACACAAAGCCCGAUGGUUCAUUUCCCUGCAUCAUGGGCUUCGUGGUUGCUGAUCGGGCUCGUGAAUUGUGUGGAACGACACCAGAGGAAAGAAAGAAGACCAUAUGCAAGCAUUAUGUUGAAAGCUUUGGAAUGAAGGAGUUUAUGCAUCCGGUGAAUUAUGCAGAAAAGAACUGGAUGGAAGAAGAGUAUUCUGGUGGAUGUUAUACCAGUGGUAUGCCUCCAGGUGUACUCACAAAGUAUGGCAGAGUUCUGAGAGAGCCUUUUGGGGAUAUCUACUUUGCUGGCACAGAAAGCGCCACCUAUUGGUCUGGCUAUAUGGAAGGGGCCAUACAAGCUGGUGAACGAGCUGCUAGAGAGGUUCUUGCUGCGAUGGGAACAGAGAACCCAAGUAAUAUUGAUCCCAUUGAGCCAGCAGAUGCAGAUGUUUCAGACACUUUCAUUGGACCAAGUAGGUUGGAACUCAUGUUGCCAUCUCUGGGAGCGUUGCUGACACUUUCCUCAAUAGGUGGAGCCGUCAUCGCAUGUGCUGUGGCAUACAAAUAUAUUUGACUGUAGUAUGUUGUCCCUGAAUGUUGUAUAAUGCUAGGUCAAACAAUGCUAGGCAGGCCACAUGACUACUUCUUAGCUAAUAAGCUCAUAAAUUGCUUGUAGUGUAUAUGGUUUAAUUUUCAAGAGAUGGAUUAUUUCACAAUAUGGAUAUAAGUACCUCACUAAUUUAGCAAGAAAUAUAAUUGCUUGCAAUAGCAAUACUUGUGUAUGAGAAAUUAAGUUUUUGUUAUGCAUGUUGAAAUCAUGUUUUUCUUUACAUACAUGUGAAAUGUUAGCUGUGAUAGGUGUCUUGGGUGUGAACAGUUUUUUGGGUUGAUUUUUUUGGGUUGAUUAUAGUUUGCAAUAAAAGUUCUGAGUAGGUAUAUCAAUAUAUAUUUUCACAAUAUACUAUGGGCUUGCUAUACCAGUAUGAGUGGAAAUAUAUGACUGGUGUGUGUACAUCAAGAAAUAACAUGGGAAAUAUGGCGAAGCUACAGUCAAUGCACAUGUAGUUGCACCUGUGCGCUUGUGAUAACAAGAUGUUUAACGUUUGCUAAUAAAUGUUGAAACGAA